UUGAUUUAAGGAUAACUCAAAGAUUCUCAAAACUAUCUCCAUAAAACCUCAAGUCAUGUUUGAGCUCAACAAAUUGUUCCUUCCUUCCAUUUUGCUAAUCUUUCCAUUGUUACUUAUAAUCUUCAUUUUCAAGCUUUUCUCUUCCCCAACAACACAAUCUAACCAAUCUACAAACAUAAAAUUCCCAAAAUCUUACCCAAUAAUAGGCCACUUAAUUGCCAUAUACCAACACAAACAUGAAAGAUUCCAAUGGUUCUCAACCCUUCUUCUAAACUCCCCAACCAACACCUUUGUCAUCCACCACCCAUUCGGGUGGCGGAGCAUCGACACAUCUAACCCCACCAAUGUAAAACACAUCCUCAAGACUAAAUUUUCCAUUUACCAAAAGGGUCCUUACCAAAAAACCAUUCUAAAAGACCUUCUAGGAGAUGGCAUAUUCAAUGUUGAUAAUGAAUUGUGGAAAUCUCAAAGACAAAUUGCUAGCCAUGAAUUCAACACCAAAUCUUUAAGAAAGUUUGUAGAAAAUGUUGUUGAUCUCGAAAUUUCGAAUAGAUUGAUCCCAAUCUUAUUAGAUGCUACCCAAAAUCACAAAAUCCUUGAUCUUCAAGACAUACUUAAAAGAUUUGCAUUUGAUAAUAUUUGCAAGAUUGCAUUUGGGUAUGACCCUGAAUUUUUGUUACCUUCUUUACCAAAAUCCCAAUUUGCUAUUGCAUUUGAAGAAGCUGUGAUGAUUAGUAGUCAAAGAGCAAGAACAUUUUUCAAAAAUUCAUGGAAAAUUCAAAGAUUUUUCAAUAUUGGGUCAGAAAAACAGCUAAAAGAAGCCAUUAAUGUGAUUCAUAGCUUUGUUAAUACCAUUAUAAGGAAGAAAAAACAGGGCAUGAUGAAAAACUCUGUAACAGAUGAUUUACUAUCAAGGGUCCUAAAUUCAGGCUAUUCUAAUGAGAAAUUUGUGACUGAUUUUGUGAUCAGUUUCAUCCUUGCAGGUCGCGACACCACAUCAGCUGCUUUAACAUGGUUUUUCUGGCUCCUACAUGACAACAUUCGUGUCGAUAACGAGAUUUUAUUCGAGAUUAACAGAAAAAAAACAGAAAAAAACUCUGUUUUUGAUGAAGUUAAAGACAUGGUUUAUACACAUGCUGCAUUGUGUGAAAGUAUGAGGCUUUACCCACCUGUUCCUGUGGAUGUGAAAGAGGCUACAGCCAAUGAUGUGCUGCCAGAUGGCACGUACGUCGAAAAGGGUAUGUGGGUUGCUUAUGUGCCUUAUGUUAUGGGUAGGAUGGAAAGUAUUUGGGGGUGUGAUUGGGCUGAAUACAGGCCCGAAAGAUGGCUGCAAGUACAGGAUGAAGCAGAAAAUGGGUGUAGGAAGUGGAGGUUUGUGGCGAAAGAUCCAUAUUUGUACCCGGUUUUUCAAGCCGGGCCUCGGGUUUGUCUUGGAAAGGACAUGGCGUUCUUGCAGAUGAAAAGGGUGGUUUCCGGUGUCUUGGAGAGGUUUCGGGUGGUUCCGGUGGUGGAAGAUGGUUGUCAACCAGUUUAUGUUCCUCAUUUGACUUCUAAAAUGCAAGGUGGUUUUCCUGUUAGGAUUGAAAAAAGGAUACUUUAGAAUAUAUAGAUUUUUAAUUUAGUCCAUUAUGAAUGGAGUAUUAUUUUACCUUUUGAAAGUCUAAUUAUUAUAGUGUAAACUAAAUCGAUAUUAUUAUUUUUAAGGAAUUAUUUUGCGUUAAA